GAAUCUAGAUGAAGCUACAAAGUCAGUGUACACCGAAAAUAUCAGACUAACAGAGGCUCUAAACUACCAUUUGAAGGAAGAAGAUAAUUUGAAGAAAGAAAGAAACAAAUUGUUGGAGGAGAAUGCUAACUUGAAGCAGGAAAAGGAGGUCACUGAAAUGAUCGUGCAGAGAAAAGUAGGACAGCAUAAACAUCAAAAGCAGACUAUUAAAGAGUUGAUGGACAGAAUUAAAAUUCUCGAGAAAUCUCUUAGCCAUGUUGUAAAAGAGUUCGAAGCAGAACGUAAAGAUAUUAUUUGCAGAGGAGAGAUUGAAAAUGCUUCUGCAAAAGCUGAAAUCCUCAAGUUACAGAGAGUAAUUGAACUGAAAACUAUAGAAAUGAGCAAAGUAAAAAGACUGGCUAAAAAUAUUCUUGAUGAAAGGACAGAACUUGAGAAUUUUUUCCUCACAAGCUUGGAUGAUGUUAAAGCUGAAAUAGCAGCAAACCGGAGUCAGUACAGAAAAGAGGCAUUUGCAGCAUUUCAUCAGAAAGUACUUGCAGCUCAUGCCAGUAGAGAAGCAUACCCGAAAAUUAGAACUUUCACUCAGAUGGAGCAAAGUACAAACAGUGUAUACAAUGACAUAGAAGCUGCAGAGAUAUUAUAUGAUGUCAAAAGGAAGGUAGAUAUACGUGAUCUGACUUGGGAGCAGAAAGAAAAAGUUCUGCAAUAUCUGUUUGCAAGAAUGAAUAUGAGCACAAGUAAACCAUUUCUGCCAGAUGUAAAGGAAAGGCACAGUCAAACACUAAGUAUCACACAAGGCGAAAAAAG